GGGCAGGCGACCUCAGCUUCGUGGAUGAACCACACCUCCACUUCGAUGAAUUUCAAAGCUAUCAAUCUCAGCUGCUCAUAAACUCUGCUAUACUCAAUAAUCUCUUAUGAGUCGCCCUCGCUUCGUGAAAGGCCCAAUCUGCGGCAAAGACAAUUGUCGUUCGCGCUACUACUACAAAGCAGACGGCCAGACCUUCUGCCGAAACAAUCACUUGCGUGAAGGAGAUGUUGACUAUGAGAUUGACGAUGAGGAGGGUAUGGCAGGGGGUUUUGGUAAUCGCAGAAAACGUGAAGCAAAAGAAGUAACAGAGGAUGACCCAUCGAAACGACAAACUCGUGUCUAUGGCAAGGCUGGCUUUCUGAUCUACCUGCAAGCACUUCAAUGCGUGCUGAAGGCGCAGCUACAGUUUUUGCAACUCAAAUUGAGUAUCUCCGGACUUGAAUCGCUAGGCAAGCAGCUAUGGCAGGCAUUGCUAGAAGCAAGCGAAGUACAUACACGAUUACCGCAGCCAGAACCAGACAAUCAACGUCCAGCAUCACAAGAUGAUUCUGACCCUGAAAGCAGCCAGAUGCCAAAUUUGGCUGGUAGCGACACUCAGCAAGGAGUUUCUGAAGGCCCAAAGACGAGAGUCUAUCGCAGCAAACGCUACCAAAUGCAUUCACCAGGUUUGUUGCACAUCUUCUCAAUCUGCUACCUCUCCCUCAACCUUCUGCGAGUGCCAAUCACGUUCAAGGAACUGCAUACAUGGCUCAUUAACGGAGACUUGCUCUUCCUACACAGUCGUAAUCUAUUGCCCGAUGAAUUGUUCAUUAGACUCGAUGGUCACUACCAUGAGCGCCUGCAGCCUAAAUCAGUUCCGACAGUCCAUCGACUCUGGCAGUGGGCCAUGCACACUGGAGAUUUCCUUUCCUUGAAGGCAGGCAUUCAUUUUGCACCACUCAAUGCGCCACCUGUCGUGCUUCAUUAUGUCAAGGAACUCUUCUUACCAUGCAAGUCACCGCUUGGACGUCAUGAAUGCUGUAUUGCACCUAGUAGACACUCUACCGGCAUCAUCCCGCGAAAGUUGAAACGAGCGAGUCCUGAAGAGCGUUUACUGGCAUUAACGCUGAUUGUUGCUAAACUCUUUUAUAACCUUGAUGGCAUUCAACGCGGGACACAAAGCGCACUAGAGCCGCCCGUGCGUGGACCAAACCUGGAAUUAUUUCAACAACACCUGAAAACGCGCAUUUCUACCCUUCUCGGCGUUCAUGUCGCUAGCAAGACAACAGCAGACCAAGUCGUUCAUAUGAGUGGCAAGGAAAUGGACGAGUACCUUGAUUACUUUGCCACACAAUGGGCGCAGGAGCGUCCCAAGACUGCACGGACCUUGAAGGGAGCAAUGCCUGCACCCAUCCUGAACAUGUUUCCAGUGGCGACUGGUCGUGCGAUGGGAGAAACGCAGACGCAAGCAGAGAAGGCGCCGCAUAGGGAUACCCUCGCUGAGGCCGUGAGGGAAUUGUAUAUGAGGACUGGCCCACGCCACACGAAUGCCAAGCGGCCCGGUCAAGGUCAUCAGCUGACGGAGCUAGAAAUACCUGCAAGACGAGAGCUUUGGGACGUGCUGCUAGAGCUGGCGAGUCUUGAAAAGGGGAAGACCGAGAAAGAAUCUAUUGCAAGACAAUGA